ACGUUGCUUUACUUAAAUAUGAGGAUGAGUAGUGAAAAGAGAACACUCUGGGUGAUUGUAAGAGUAGGAGAUGUUACGUCCGAUUUAAAGAGAUUCCAAUUUAAUUGCGCGGAAGACGUAGAGGAAGAAGACAAAGUGUAUGAAAAAGCCAAGUUCCUGGAGGCUCUUACUAAACAACUUGGCUUGUCAGCAGUAGGAAAGACAAAUGUCCUCAAGUUACGGAAUGCAAGAGGAUCUCUUAUACCUUUGAGCAGAAGGACUCCUGAAAAUACUGUAACAAGCCCUUACAUUCUUGAAGUAUGUGAGAGACAUUCUUCAGUAAAGCCAAUCCCCAGGCGAGUUGAUGUUGCAUGUUACAAUGAGACUUACCAAAGGAAGUUAGAGAUGUUUACUAAGAGGAUUAGCAAGCUAGAAGACACUGUUCCAAAGUUAUCACUCUUGCGAGAUGCUAAACUUAGCGCCGAGAUGAAAGACUUGGAGGUGCGAUUGCAAUUUCUGCAUUCAAAGCUUAAGGAGGCAGAUUCACGGCAGUGGAAGGGCAUGUUUACCAAACACCCUUUGUGGUGAACAAUCGGGAAGACAAAAAUAUAUUUAUCCAGCUACAUACAUGCAGUGUUAUGUCAUGUAUCGAUCCAGCUUGGGACUUACUGUAGAUUCUGCGUCAUUUAAUAUGAAAGUGAUAUACAUAUAUAUAGACAUGCUCUAUGUUAGCCUACGAAACGGAGCUGUAUUAAACUCCAUAUGCACGCAAGAUCUGAGUAGUCUCUCAAAAUAAUUCGUUAUAUAGACAUACUAUGUGCACCUUGAUAUUAAGAUAGAUGCAACAGCCAUUUUCCUCUUUCCUUCAACCUGCAGUGUUGAAAAACGCCCAAAAGGCUCGAAAAAAUACACAGUAUCUCAGUAAUUGAAUAGGCCACUUGAUUGAAGGCUUAAGCUACUGUAUUUCUUUUUAUUUCAAGCUUUUGCCGAUCUACGGUGUGCUACUUUGUAGUUGCCCUUUAGUAGCGUGCCGUAGAUCGUCAGGAAAGGUUGGCAAUAAAGUAGAAAACAAAGCAAAUGUAAUUGUAAUCUUGAUGAUUAAUAGAGCGGUUCGAAAAGUAAUUGGUUUUGCAUCAACUACACGAUGUACUUACAAAACU